ACAAAGAGGAUCCGGAGAAUCCUCAUUCCAAAUUCGAGGUACCUCCGCAAACAUAACCAAUAAAAAAAGAACUAUUGCGUCAUAUAACUAGCAAAAUGACAUACAAAGCAUCCAAAAUCAGCCGGUGAGAACCAUAUCCCCACCACUAUAUAUAACCCCUUCGAAUCUAAACACCAACACGCCCAUAAACAAAUAGCAAGAGAGAGAGAGAGAGAGAGAGAGAGAGAGAGAGAGAUUAUGGAGCCCUUCACCAAAGACUUCAAAGUAGGAGAGUGCGAAGGCCAAAAGGUGGUGGAUGGUGAGACCAUGCCACUGGUGCUGCAGCCUCCAGCACCCGAAAACAACGAUGUGGAGUCACUUAUUUUGGCUCUUCAGAAGAACAAGGACUGGUUUGAUCAGAUGCUUCUCAAAAACAGCGCUAUCCUUCUCCGAGGUUUCAAUGUUCAGAACGCUGAGGAGUUCAACGACAUCAUAGAAACCUUCGGUUGGGAUGAUAUUCGCUAUGUAGGACCGGCGCCAAGAACUCAUGUGCACAAGCGAGUUUGGACUGCAAAUGAAGGACCUCUCUCAGAGUUCAUAUACUAUCACCAUGAGAUGGUCUUGAUUAAGGAAUAUCCCAAAAAGGUCAUCCUAUUCUGUGAGAUACCUCCACCAGAAGGCGGACAGACCCCAUUUGUUCCGAGCUUCCGAGUGACGGAGAGGAUGCUGGAGGAGUUCCCGGAAGCUGUGGAAGAAUUAGAUGCAGGUGGCUUGAAAUACACCUUCACAGCACCAAGUAAGAACAGCACAGGUUCUAUGAGGGGCAGGGGUUGGGAGGAUACUUUUGCCGCAUCAGACCGUGCAGAAGCUGAAAAAAAGGCUAAUGCUUUAGGCAUGGACGUCGAGUGGCUAUCAGAUGGGGGAAUCAAGACGAUAUUAGGACCGAGGUCGCUGACGAAGGUGUUUGAAGGAAGAAAAGGGAGGAGAAUGUGGUUCAACACGAUGGUAGGCAUGCAUGGGAAGGAGAACAGCUCGGCCCUGAUGGCGGACGGGACCGAGAUUCCGGCAGAGCUGGUGAACAGAUGUGAGCAGAUAAUCGAAGAAGAAAGCAUCCAGUUCAAGUGGGAGAAGGGUGAUGUUCUCUUCCUUGAUAACCUGGCUUUGCUUCAUGGAAGGCGGCCUUCUCUUGCUCCCAGAAGAGUCUUGGUUGCCACAUGCAAGUAGAACAACCAUCGAUCUCAUGAUAUGAUUACCACAGUAUCUUCUACUUUCAUCAAAGUUGUAUGCAACUAUGCAUGCUAUGCAUUUACAAUUAAGCUACUCGAUAUCGGAGUCAAUAAAGUACGUAUAUGUAAUAAGAUCUCAAUUUGUGAUUUCAAAUUCAAUUGGGUGAACUUGAAAGGCAUGAAUAUGAUAUGCAAUUAAUUGGGAAAGAAAUAAACACUUAAAUUGUGUGUGCA